AUGCUAGAGGUACUGAAGAUGAGGGCUUCUGUUUUUUUUGAGAGGGAAAUUAUUUUUAUCUUCGUGACAGAUUCUGUAUAUUGGGCUCUUCCUCCUCCAGUGAAUGAACACGCUAAGUACCAAAAGUUUUCUUGGGUUGAGUGGUGUUUAUUCAAAUGCAUAAAACGCCUGUUGAAAAAGAAAUUGCCAAAGUGUUUUUGUCUUGUGUGUGUUUUCAAUGCGUUGUUACUUAAGUUCGUUUUUCUUUUAAACACUUAAUUACUCAACUAAAUCACUCCAAGGCUUUGGCUUUUCUUAUGGCUCAACUCUCAACAGAUUGCCAGCAAACAACUCAAACAGAUUGGCGUAGUGUGGAUUUCUCUCACACCCGCCAACCUAAGAGCUUGCGACGCAUGACAUUGAUCAGAUGUUUUGCGAGCAAGGUUGAUUUAACAACAAGUUAACAGUGCUGGGCAAACGUAUACAACGACAAACAAUGUGAAAGAGAGCACUAACCUACGCUAGUCUAAUGCAAAUCACUAUCGCGGAGAGUGCGACGAGCCAGCCUAAAGCCUUGCCUUUUAGAGUGGGUCUUCUUUACGUGUUCAGUACUUUUCUUUACGUGUUUUCUUUUGUAUUUCUACUGACUUACCGCUACUACACUCUACUCUUUGGUAAGCAAACUCUUUUGCAGCUAGCCUUACGAGUCAAGGUUAAUGGGUUAAAUUAUCAACAGUUUUAGUAGUAAAAAGUGAGUCGUUCUAGACGCACAAGGUAAAGUUUGUUUAUCUAUACGCUAGAAGAAAAACAUAAGUCAGCUCUGCCGUAACCGCUGUGCUCAAGGCGUUAUAAACAGCUUGCCUAGUCGUAGUGACUUUAUGAACAAAGGCAAAGUGUUAGACUUUAGUUUAGUUCCAACGUCCACAAUGUUCGAAGUUUUACCGCACAAGAAUUUAAGAGCAAACUUGUUACUAGUGAACGCUUGGCGUAGCGUUCCCCAGAUAACAUUCAUUCUUGGAUUCUUGUGCUUGUUCGAACUCUUUAUGUGUGUUAUGGUUGAGUUGUUAUCGUUAAAGAUGCAAGGUUUAAGUUUACUGCACACAACUUGCAUUUCGAGGCCUAGACUUUGUAAGUAUUCCGCUGUUACGGAACCGUACUGAAUAGAUAAUGUCUCAACGUCAAGAAUAGUGUCUACCCUACGUAUAACUACUCGAGUUCUCCAAAAUACUAGAGAAGCAUGGACCCACGCGGGCUUACUAGAUACCGGCGCUAAACGGUCGGUAGGCUCGUUGGUGUAAAGGUUUUGGUCGUAGUCGACGUCGUAGUCAGAUACGAAAAACAUACCAGCAAAAACAGACGGGCAAGUUUUGUGACGGUUGUAACUUGCGUCAGUGAGUGCAACUAUGCGAGAUUUUUCUACUUUCAUGGGGUGCAUGCGAAUGCCAUUCCCACGAUGAAAAAUAGCAGUCCUCAAAGUCUUGUUUAGGGCAAUGACGUCGCUCCAAAUAGGACUUGCAACGGCCCUGGAACCAGUGAAAGUUCCAAAUAGCAAGUCGGGCCUUGUCUUGUAAGUUAUCCAGUUAAGACGACCAACCAUAGCACGAAAAAGACUAUGCGAAGCUGUAUCUAAAGCUUUUUCAAGAUCGACACCAUCAGGAAUAGACAUUUCAGCUAAUUUGGCAGCGUAUCCUUCCUGCGAAAUCUUGAAAGAUCGCCUGCCGCUUGCGUCUCUCUCGACAACUAAGUCACGACCAAGAAAAGUAAAGGACUGAAGUAAAGACUUAGGAUCUUCUUUCCAGUUGUCUCCUACUAGAAAAUAUGAAGUAACUUCUUUACACACCUCAUGGAAUUUGUCGUCACCUCCCCGAAGGGUAUCGUCUACGUGAAGACAAACUACGCCAGAUACUUUGUGUUCUGGUGGUAAAGUUUCAAUCUCGUAGACUUUCUCCUCUAACUUUUGAGUUUCAACUUCACCUAUAUAAGCUUCUGACUUAGUGCCUCGGAUGACAUUGCUGGCGGUGUCAGUAACGAGGAUGGAAAUGCCUGGGUCACAUCGUAACUGCUGAAAACCUACUUCAAAAAGUUUCUUAGUUAAAGUUCGAAACCAACCACGAGAAGCAUCAAUAAGACCAUAGCAAGCGCGAAUAAAAAUGCAAACUGAGUCUUCUUGAAAUCCCAUAACUUCACGCACUAUAUCUUGAAGCUCAGGGGGAAGAAAGUCAACAGGGGGGAACUCGACGUGAGGUCGGAGUUUGGGGUCCUCUAUCUCCUCAGCUUGUAAAAACGCGUUUAAGAAGUCUUCGCCGUAUAGUAGCCAGCCUUCAUUUGAGUACUUUUGAAGUGCUAAGUGUAGUCCUUCUUGGGAGACCAUAGUAGUGUCUCUCCGCACGUAUCCAGAUCUAUCGUCGUUCUUAGGAAAUCCGCGAGGUACAUAGCGCACUUUUACUUUCUUUAAGAGACCAUCGGUAAGGGUCUUGAUGCCUAGAAUUAGUCUAGAAGUAAGUGGCUUGCGAGAUGGAUCCCUUUUACCUACAACAAAAACAUUGAACUUAUUUAAUGCGCCUAGUUCUUGACGUAGCGCCUCUUUAAGUUGAUCCAUCAAGUUAUGUUCUUCGAAGAAAGAUAUAGGCAAGUCCUGAGCGGUGCCUUUUGCUAAUAAUUCAGCCGGAAGAUUUAACUUGAUCCCUUUUGCUGAUUUGUUGGCCGUAAUCUUGUCAGGUAUAGUAGGCUUAGGACGAGAAUAAAAAGAGACUACGACUCCCUUACGCGGAAUUGCGUCGCCAACUAAUCGCUUUGUUUGACUGUCAGGCAACAAAAGAUACGACUCUUGACUUAGAUGCUUCGAGUUACCAGUAAGAAUCCUGCCACGUCCUCGAUAAACUGUUAUCUUUUCGAUGUGGUUACCUUUACCGUCCGGAUUUCUAACGUUUUCCAGUAGUGAGAAUAAUGAAUCGCCAUGCUGUAAGUGGAUCAUCUCGCUACUAUCUGCAGCCAGAUGCGUCUGAAGUACAUCAUAAAAAUCACACAUCUCAGAAAGAAACACAGGCUCUUGGUCAGGAUUAGGCUCCUGCUGGACGAACAAAGCUGAAGCAUCGUUUCUAGUGCUAGAAUCGUCAGCGCAGUCAGUGCUAUAGAAUGCUAGUAAAGCUCUAGCGCGAGACCUACAAGAAGCCCGGAUGUUAUCCUGAAGUUCCUUCUUUCCGUUUUUCAGUGAGAUACCCAGGAACUUGGUUAGAUAACGAAGCUGAUUGACGGUUAGCGCACUUACGUAAGCUUGUUGCUGUACAAAAGGUAAAGCCAAGAACUCAGUUAGUUCUUCGCCAGAGAUAGCGCUAUAAUAUCUAGCAUCCAACGUAGAUAAGUCAAUAUCACUACGAUUAGAUUGCUCCAUACUGUUACCAAUGCGAUAUUCGAAGUUUUCACUUUCUAAGCUGUCGGAUGCUGUCUCUAGUGGUAUUCUAAUAAUCAUUUUUGCAUCCUUUUGAAGUCUAAACGCACUAGCAUCAUGAACGAUAGCAGUAGGCUUUUGAAAAGUAUGACUAAAAACUAAUACUAGUUGCAGUCCUGAAGUUGCUGCUUGUGGAAUAGUCCUAGAAUGAGCCUCAACGUCCGCAAAUACCUCACCAGAUGUUCCGUCCAGGAGGUUGCUCUUUGUCACACUGCGCAGCUCCGGACUUGCGCGCGCAGUCGCCACCAGUUGCUUCGAAUGCUUGACGCAUAGCCGUUCCAAUUUCUUCGCGCGGUUGCUGUGCUUCGCUUUGGGAUCAGCCUGAGGCAGAUACGGGGCAUCAGAAACGUUAUCGACCGAAUCAGGUGGAGGGGAAGAAGCGGAAUUAUGAUCAUCAUGUUGCACCGGAGAGCUUGUAGCUGGGACUUCGACGCAGAGCUCAUCCGCAGAAGGUAAGAAAACUCGCGCGUGUGAAACUUCAUGCGCGUCGCCGUUGGUAAGCCGGGCCACCACUACGCGCUCUCCUUCGCCGCGAGUGCCGAGCACUUCCGCGUCGCGCAUCCGCUUGACCCCAAGAUCCUUCGAAUCAGCUACGAGUAGUCUGCAUUUGUCACCAGUUCGCCACGCUUCUAAUUUUCGUCCGCGGCUUUCGCUGUUAUUUUUAAGCUCCGUAAGCUCUGCUUCCACAUUGACGGCCAAUGCUGCUCGCUUUCGAAGUUCUUCUCUCUGCAGAAGCAUCUGGUCCAAUGUGGAUUCGUCCGUAACUGGUCCGAAGUAGACGUCGCUUUGUAGUGCAAUCCGUUGGGCAGAUAAAGAUCUCCCGAAAUACUUCCUGAUAUAGGAGUUCUUCGCUUUUUGUCCCCAAGCGCAAAUGUCGUCCAUGGUUAAUUUGUCGACAUGUUUCGCAUCGACAUUGACUAACUUCUCCACGAUGCGCCGGAAUACUCGAUUGUGUGACUCUACAAAAUUAGCAUGCCGAUCGGAAGUCGAGCGAUAAUGUAUCAUUUUGUUGGUACGGAGGAAGCUUAAGACUUGUCCGUUGACGAAUUCCUUUCCGUUAUCGCUGAAGAUUGCGCCGGGAAGUGAACCAAAAAUCGUAGCCCAUUUAUCUAAAGCUCUGCAGACAUCCGCUCCGGUCGGGUGUCCUUCUUGAAUGACGAUGAUCAAAGACCAUUUCGAGAACGCAUCGACCAAGUGUAAAACUGCGUACUCGUCUCCGUUAAAUUUCAGGAAGAGAGUAUCCAUCGCGACGCACUCAUUGACAUGACUAAACUUCUUGGAUCGAGGUGCUGCUGGCUUUUUACGAAGAGCGCCCUGGCAUAUGUCGCACAUCUCAUAGACUGCAUCCGCUAAGUGUCGAGGUAGUCCAAUGCUGGAAUAUCGUUCGCACAUUUGGUCUGGAUGUGGAUGAUCACGCUGAUGGAGCUCCUCAGUGAGUUGAUACGUCCAAGGGAAUGGAAAAUCGAAAUCCUCUGACUGUACUGCUUGAUAGAUGAGGAAAGUACUGCCGUCGGGGGUGUCUUGAAUUUGAAACGUAGGCUGCCGUCGGUCUUGUUGCUGCUGAGUUUGAUGAAACGUAGAAAAAGUGACUUGGUAUAAGUUAUUUUUAUGCUCCAUCGGAAAUUCGAUUUUUGAAUUCGAAAACUUUAAACCUGGAAAAUCGACCACGUAGUCUUGAAGAAAGUCUUGCCCUAAUAAAAAUGGCGUAUUUGCUCCUGGGAUGAUCCAAAACUUUCUAGUGGUGCCGGGAAGAUUUGCUAGUUGUGUUGCUUCCUUGUUUGCGCCUCCCGCGAACUUGAAGAAUUUGCGCUCCGUAGUAGGAAUAUCCACGAUCUCCACGCCUGCUACUACAUUUAGAAUUUCUUCAAUUUGAUGCUCUCCAACGCAACUGUCUGAACAACCAGAAUCCAACACUAGGUGAAACUUCACAUCCUGAACAUCGUCUUCUUUGAACGAUAUGAAGCAGCAUCCUGCUGCAAACUCUUCUUUUUUCUUCGUCUCCUCUCCGGUUAGUCAAGGUCGACCAUGUCCGCUUCCGUCGUGUUCAGCAUGAUCUUGAUGCUGGUCCACAGUGUCCGCUUCGACGAAGUAUGCGCGGCCAUCCUUGCGAUAUUUCUUGAUGUAGUACUUGUUCUUGCCGUUGCCUUUGUUCUGCGAAGAAGAAGAUGAAGAAGAAUUGUUGUAGUUGUUGUAGUAGUUGUUGUUCCACGAAGAGGAUGAAGAGGAAGAAUUAUUUCCACCAUAGUACGCAUUCUUGCCGAUUCCAUUUCCGCCCUUGCCGCUACCGGAAGUCUUGCCGUAACCUUUGUUCUUGCCCUUCUUGCCUUUGCCCUUGGUCUUCUUGCCUUUGCCUUUCUUGCCGUUUCCCUUUUUCGUCGGUGCCGAGGUCCAAAGGGUCGUCAUCACCGCAUCGCCCUGGUCGUCGUGCUGCCACUUCUUGUUUCCGUGUACAUCAUGCAAAACGGUGUCGAGCUUGGACGACUUGAAGAGCUGCUCGAUCACAUUGUGCAUCUUCUCAACUGUCUCGGUGGUACUUGCUUCGCCAAUUUUGCGCAUGUUGAACGAAGCCUUGAAUGCCACUGCUUUAAGUCCCGUGAGCCGUAAUCCGGUAUACAACGCGUUGCACAGUUCGGCAUUAGUCGGAAGGUAACCAUUUCCGCGCACGGUGUUGACCAAAACUUUGAAACGUGCAGUAGCGUCCACAUCCGAUUCACCGCCGGCCUUUUCGAAGCGUUGUAGCUGAGAAUAUUCGGCAACGUCAGCAAGUACGUCAGCCAUUCCGCAAUCGACCGUGAUGACAUGUUCCAAGCGUUCAAUUUGCGUUUUGGUUCGGAUCAAGUUCUGAAGCUUCGUGUCGUCGCAAACGUAUUCGGCAUCCUUGUCAUGGGUCAUAAAGUCGGCCCCAUGUAACGAUACGGCGUCGCAGAUGUUGGCGUAAUUUGGCUGGAUGCCAUGCAGCAAGAUAUGCGGCACAAUUUUCGUAGUCGCGAUAUCGUGUUGAAGAUGCCAGAGAUUCAAAUUGCGGGCGUAGGAUCUCCAUGACUGCGAAGGCUGCCAAAUCGGGCAACUACUGUAAGCUUUUGCCGAGCUUCCUGCGAGAGAUGGCAAAGCACACAUUUUCGCACUGUGUGUUUGUCGGCUGCGAGGUUAAUUAAAUCAAAGUAACAACCUAACUAGGAGGAGGCCCGUUACUUAAAAAGAUAAGACUUAGCUUAUACGUGUCAGAUAAGAAUACUAGCAAGCGCAAGAAAUAGUGUGGCGUGAGUGUUAAAUUUUGUUGGACCUUCGGGGUGAGAUUGCAAAUUGGCACCGAUUUGCAAUCGCAGCCCGAGGAUCGGAGAAAAAAUAUCUCAAGGAGUUAACCAAACACCAUAGGGAUCCAAUCAGUUAUGACCUUUCAUAACUGUGUGCUAGAAAGUUUGAGGAUGCAAGAUGCUAAGCUACGUGAGCGAAUGUUCCGAGUGGAUCUAUAACGAUUAGUACUAUCGUCGUGCUAAGCUAGUUGCCGUGGCGUAUGCUCUGGAGGUUAAAACUAUGAUCUACUAGAUCUUUUUACUUAUUUACUUACUCAGUAUUAUCGUGAAUUGUUUUUACUUAUUUCCGGAAUUUAUUUCAAGUUUUUCUUACUUGUUGUUUACUCAAAGAACCAAAAACAAAAGAGGGAAAAACUGUCUAUAUGCAUCUACGGGGAUACUAAACCUAGUCGACGCUACCAUGACAGAUUCUUGCAUAUUGGGCUCUUCCUCCUCCAGUGAAUGAACACGCUAAGUGCCAAAAGUUUUCUUGGGUUGAGUGGUGUUUAUUCAAAUGCAUAAAACGCCUGUUGAAAAAGAAAUUGUCAAAGUGUUUUUGUCUUGUGUGUGUUUUCAAUGCGUUGUUACUUAAGUUCGUUUUUCUUUUAAACACUUAAUUACUCAACUAAAUCACUCCAAGGCUUUGGCUUUUCUUAUGGCUCAACUCUCAACAGAUUGCCAGCAAACAACUCAAACAGAUUGGCGUAGUGUGGAUUUCUCUCACUUCGUGCUAAAUGAAUAGUACAACUGCCAGUUUUAUUCAUUGAUAUUUGUUUUUGACCUAUCAUUUUUUCGUUCUAGCUGCCACCCUAGUAUCUAGUAUACCUCAAUGCAACUUCUAUCGUUUACAGCACUAGUUUCAACCUCGUAUGAUCACCCAGAAUCCUCAUUCCUGAGGUAGAACUCUGCAACCUCUCCCUCAACUCUUCAACUCAGCCUCCCGACGUAGCGCACGCACACUUGCAGGCAAUGCUCGCGGGCGCUCCCGCAGAGGACCCCCCUGAAGAAGCAGAGCCGAAACCUCGACCAUGGGUUGCGGCAUUCAACAUGCAGGAAGAUCGACCUGGAAGACUUAACCAUUUUCCGCCUGCGACGUCUACAAGCAGUGCUAAGGCUUAGUUGUACUUACAAUCUUGCAACCAAUAGCUAGAUACACCACUCGUCCACCACUUUUUAUUGAUAGAGUCGGUUUGGUGAGUUUUGGUCAAUAUGGAAAUUGAUACGCAAGAAGAUGAAGUAGAAUAAUUUCAACCCUGGUCUCUAAGAUAGAUAAAAAAGGAACGCGCGUUACGGUCGAUUCGCACUUUGCGCCUCGUACUCACCCGGCAAAUAGCUUUGUGGCAUGGAAGGGGAGGCAUAGAGGAGAAUCCUCAGAGUACGAACCCCGAUCACCAGAAGCGGACUUAGAACGCCUGCUUAUCGGGGAAGAGCUCAAUCUGCGUAAGAGACAAUUACAGGGUAUUUGAUAGAGAAUUUAGUAGGGUCGGUAGUGACUGGUAGUGGGCGAGGAAAGAUUCGCUGGUUGGGUGAGUUUUUAGUUAGCAGUUGUCGUUGUUGAGAUGAUUACUUGCCCAGCUGUAUAUUAUGUUGAGCAUCUACUAGUAGCCACGGCCACCUUCGAGGCGCCGUGGUUUGGAGAUUUUACUCCUGUAGUAGCAUCUUAUUGAGAUGAUAGCACACUUUUGAGAUGAAUCCUUGCCAUCUUUCGGGAUCUUUUCAGGAACUGUUUCGUCUUAUCGAUGGUAAAGAGUGACCAUCUAAGACGCAAUGAUGGUGAAGCUGCCAAGAUUAUUCGCAAAUUCAACAAAUCGCUUUUUUGGAACGCGUCGAAAUGUAUGAUGAAGAGCAGUAGCUUACUACCUUCGCAUUCUAGUUUAGCGUUGAAUCCAGCGAUGGGGUGUCUGAUAUGUUACUUGAAUGAUUUUCACCGACACAAGCAAAUGAAACGUGCACAGGUACAGACUUCUGGUAAGGAGUUUUCACGCGUGAGAUUCUGCAAAACAUUCGUUGUAUUUUUUGUUGAAUACUAAAGAUUACGGGACAGUAGAUGCUAAAGUGGUGGUAGUGACUACGGAUAGAAGACCUCACUCUAC